AUGACAAAUAAGGACGAAGAACAAUUACUUCAAGAUGCAUCGACAUUGUUGAUGUUUGCCAAUGUGGCAGCAAAACAACAACUGAAUCAGCCAUCUCCAACUUCAAAUGUAUCUUCUCCACCAACUAUUCAGCAACAGCUACAAUCACAACCGCAAGCACCUAGAGUUCAUCAAAAGAGUCCCACAGCCUCGGCUACAUCGCCACGGCCAAGUUUUAACGAUAAAAUUUUGAAUUCACCGACUGAACCAGAAACACCAGCAGUAGCGAAAGUAACCCAGUCCAAGCCACCUGUUAUUAUCGCCCACCCAAGGAAAAGCUCUAUCAGUUUAUUAAUGAAUACCCCUGACCCACCUUCUUCAGAGGAGAUACCAAAACAAAAAUCCACUUCCCCCACAUCCAGUUUACCUAGAAAGGGAAGUUUCAAACCUACUCAUGAAAGAUCGAAUUCUACUCCUGAGGCAACAAUAGCAAAAUUGGAACAGCACCAAUUGCAAAUGAAGAAAUCAAAAGAAUUGACAUCUCCUACACCGACUUAUGAAAGAGGCAUUGAUAUACGAUCCAAAGAAAGAAAUACAAAGAAUGCUGAAAUUGCCGCUGCUGCCUUAACCGCAGCCGCAGAUAUACCACUUCCGUUGAAAGUAGUAAAUGAGCCAAAGCAAGUCUUGGUUAAGGAAAAGGCACAAGUUGUUCCUGUUGCUGAGACAAAAUCUAUUAAAACCGAAGAAGAUCAAGCCACUGAACCAGAAGACGAUGAUGAUGAAGAAGAAACAACAACAACUGCUGUUGCAGCUACACCUGCGGCUACGGCUGCAUUGCCUGUUCAAUCAAAAAGAAUUCCCCCAUUUGUUGCACCACCGUUAUCUUCUUAUCAGGUUGAACCGGAUUCGGGGUUAAUUGGAUGUAUAUGUGGUAUUGAAGAUGAUGAUGGGUUUACUAUCCAAUGUGAUGUAUGCUUUAGAUGGCAGCAUUGUGUUUGUAUGGGCUAUGAAAAUGGUGAAGAAGUUCCUGAUGAUGAGUAUAAGUGUUAUUAUUGUGACAAGAACAAAUGGGGUAAAUUUGAUCCCGAGACAUCAAAAUCAAGGACCUUACAAAGGUUAGACAAUGAAAAACAGCAACAACCACAGGAGACAAAUAUACCACCAGCACCAAAAAGGAAACAACUGAAUGGAGAUGGUAAUGGGAAUAAACGAAGAAAAACUGAAGAGAAAUCAUCAAACUCUGGUGGCAGUGCAUCACAGACUCCUAAGCGUCAAAGUCCUCGUCCAGAAGAGGUGGACGAUUUGCCUAAUAAAGACAAUGAGUUGUUAGAAGAUGGUGUCACAGCAGAAUCGUACCAAACAGUUUAUUACAAUUUGAAGGAAAAUGAUUUCAAAACUCAGUCUCUUAAAGAGUUUAUUGAUAGUAUUGGACACCAAUUUGCUGAGGACUUUUCCCGGUUACCUGAAACUGAGAAACGUAGUAUGGUCUACAAGAAUGUUUCAAUCAUGCUGCAGAAUCAGUUUAGAAGCAUGAAAACAAGUCGAAUAAUUUUGCCAAAGUAUAACAAAUAUUUACAAGAACACAACAAACUCAGAAAGAAGAAUAGCACAAACAAGACGAAUAUCCAAGUAAAGCCAUAUGCUGAUAAUCAAAAACAGAAAUUUAACGGAGUUUCCAAACUUUCGUUGUUCAUUGGUGUUAACAGUGGAGAAUCAUUAACCAUUCCUGAAAACACACCAAUAAUAGAGUAUCUUGGAGAAGUUGACUUGUUUAAGAAUUAUUGUCGAGAUACUAUUAAUCAAUAUGUGAUGUGGGGUACCACCAAGCCAAAAGUUUUGAAAACUUCUUUGCCAGCAGAAUCACCGUUAAGUAUUGUAUUGGAUUCAAGGUUUGUGGGGAAUGAGAGUAGGUUUAUUCGCAAGUCGUGUCCUACAUCUUCUAAUUGUAAGAUUCAACCUGUGUAUGUGCCAGAAGAGAACAGGUUUAGAUUUAUGGUGUACACUUCCAAGGCAAUUACUUUGAAAUCCGAAGGACAAGAUGAAGAAUUGAGAUUACCUUGGGAAUGGGAUGUAGAUCAUCCUAUAUUGAAACUUUAUGAGAACAAUAAUCUGGAAAAAUUUGAAAAUUUAACUAAUGAAGAAAAAUCUGCAUUAAUUACCUACAUUGAUAAUAUCUUACAUUUUGUUGAAUGUGGGUGUACUACGUCAAAUAAUAAUGGUCAAUGUGCAAUAUUCAAGAUUAAGAAGGCUACAUCAUAUUUAAUGAGAUCAACAAGAAAGGCUGCUUCAUUAAGCAAUAUCAAUUUAGCCAAAUCAAAAGAUGAAUUGAUUUUACCAAGACCUGAAAAGAAAUAUACACCAUGGUCAGAACGGUUGAAUCAAAGAAACGAAAGAAUCUCAGGGGAAUUGUUGAAGGUAGAUAAUAAAGAAGAAGUUUCUGAGACGACGGUUGUACCAGAAGAGAAAGAGGAUAUAAUUGAAAAAGUCAAACCAAAGAUGUUGUUUAGAGUACCAUUUAGACAACAAUUAUUGGAAAAUACAAGGAUUAAAACUGAAACUUCAAUUCAAGAACUCACACCAGUUGCUAGUGAAGAAGAUGAUUCAGACCCAACAGGGCAAGAGAUUCCUAUUCCAGUUGUACCUGAGUUGAUGGCUAGUAUAGAGAAAACUAUUGAUGAUGAGUUGAAUAUUAAAAGUAAAGUUGUCGACAAAGCGAUCGAGCCGGUAGAAGAGGAAGUUUGUGUUGCUGCACCACCGAAGGUUGUCAAGAAGUUGUCAUUCGCCGAUUACAAGAAAAUGAAGUAG